CUCUUUCAGUCGUACACUUCUACUCCCUCACUCCCUCGCUCCACUCUCUUCCCAUUUUCAUCUCCAUCCUCUCGCAAACACACAGAUCUUUUGCCACGAUCCCGCCGAACAACCGCGAUCGAAGCCAACGAACAAUGUCUGCAAACACAACCACAAACGGACUUCAAAGUCGACGGUUGGGGUGGACUAAAGGGUGAUCUGACGGGCGGGAACAGAUACUUCGACCACAAACACGCCGGAGGUGUUCUGUGCUGUUAAAGACAGUAGCUAGGGUUCCGGUCGGUUUCCAUCGGCGCCGGCUAGACCCAAACUUCUGAGGUUAGGAUUGCGUUUUGGUUUCUAUGGGCGAUGGUAAAAAGUUUCACAACAACAAAAAGACGCAGAUAAGCAGUUGGCAGAUCCCAAAUGAAGUAACUGAAUUGAGCCAACAUAAUGAUGAAAAACAAAAGAACAUUCGGCUCCUUGGCCAAAUGAUCAAGCAUUGACCGACCUAGGAACUUCUCCUAUCACUAUCAACACUCCAGCCACUAACAGAGGGGGUCGUGAAGCCACACACAUUAGAAUGGUAGGAAUAUCAGGGUCAUCUUCUGUUUUGAAUUUGAUCAAGAAGAAAUUGCAAGACACUGGAACUCCUGUAGCUUCCUCACCUAUUUCAGCUCCAACAACAGCUCAAUUAGAUCUAAAUCUACAAAGAGACGUUGAUGUUGCACUUAAGGCACUGCAAAUAGAAAACAGCCAAGAUAAACCAAAAUAUGCUAAUGCUGAUGGAAAUGUAUCCGAUUCCUCUUUGGACUCUGAAGAUGUAGAAACCAGGCCAACUAAUGAGCAAUUAAUCAACCAGUUUAAGGAAGAGGAUGGCACAGAUCCUAAGAGUAUUGCAGAAGUGGAAGCUGAAGAGGACGAGGAUGAUUUCAUAAUGGAGGAGGUAAAGAGGAGACUGAAGGAGCUGAGGAGGAACAGUUUCAUGGUCUUGAUUCCUGAGGAAGAAGAAGAAGAAACUGAAGGAGGAGAAGAAGAAGAAGUAGGUGAAGGGGAGCCUGAGUGGAGAGACGUGGAAGCAGAAGGUCGACAAUGGUGGGGAGGGUUUGGUGCUGUUUAUGAUGAUUACUGUGAGAGAAUGCGUUUCUUUGAUCGUAAGAGCAUUGAAUCUGGUUCCGAAUCAACCUCCCAAAGAUCUGCAUCGAAAAAGAGUGCAUCUCCUCUUCGGUGUCUUUCUCUGAAGAGGAUUGAAGAACCUGAAGACGAGAUGGAGGAUUUCGAUCCUUUAUUGACUCCGAUUGAUUCCAAUCACCACAUAGAAAUAGCGUAUGUUGCUCACAUUUGCUUGUCCUGGGAGGCCCUUCACUGUCAGUACACUCAACUUAACCACUUAAUAUCAUGCCAACCCCAAAACUCUACUACUCAUUAUAAUCUUACUGCUCAGCUCUUUCAGCAAUUUCAAGUCCUCUUGCAAAGGUUUAUUGAAAAUGAACCCUUUCAACAAGCUCUCAGGCCUACAAUUUAUGCUCGAACCCGUCGAACUUUUCCUAAAAUGUUGCAUGUUCCUAACAUACAAGCUUCAGAUCCAAACGGGGUUCAGGAACAGGAAUCUGAUUCCCUCAUCCUCGCUCCUGACCUGCUGUUCAUUAUUGAGGCUUCAAUCUUUACUUUCCACCGCUUCCUGAAGAUGGAGAAGAAAACUUCAAAUUCUGCUUCUUUAUCAUUUCGGAACCACACCCAGGAUGCUGCUCUGUUUGCUCGUGUUCGAUCUUCUCUUGACAAGAAGAAAACGAAGCUGAAAGAGGUUAGGAAGAAAAGUAAAGGGUGGAAACAGAAAACGUGUCCUCAAACGUACGAAGACAUGCAAUUACUUUUUGGAGUUGUGGACAUUAAGAUCAUAACAAGGCUUCUUAAGAUGUCGAGGAUUACUAAAGAGCAGCUGCUUUGGUGCGAGGAGAAAAUGAACAAGUUAGAUGUGUCUAAUGGAAAAUUGCGGAGAGACCCGUCUCCCCUUCUUUUCCCUUGUUAAUUACUUUUUUUCUGCUGCUGCACUGCAUCACAGAGUUGUUGUAUCUGUGAUUAUGUUUUAUGUAAUUGGAUUAUGGCUGCAGAUAAGUACGGUAAUGGACCCUACUACUAAGAUGAAUCUGAAUUUGGGGGGGUUUUCGAA